UCGUUUACAUCGAAACAUCCGACCGUCGACUAGUGCUUUGGAACCAUGUUGUUAUUUAUUUGCUAGACAUAAAUAUUAAGAUUUGAGCUUAGGGGGGUGCUAUUGACAUUUUCACAUUUAUAAACUGUGCUAUGUGAAUUAGGUACGCUAUCGACGGACGCAAGUUAGAAAAAACUCUUUCAUGGAACGCGAAGUUUCUAUAAACUUUUUAAACUCAUUGACAGUUAUUUGUGUUUAGAAAAUACUUUGUAUUUGUUUUUGUGUGUAGUUUGAAAUUUGGUAGUGACUAAUUAAAAAUGGUCGUAUUAAACGGUUUAUUUGUAACUUGGACAAUGGAAUCUAUGUUAGAAUUUACGAUUUUUAUGGGGUUCCUAUAUUGGGUAUUUCCUGGUUUAUUUUCAGAAGGUUUCAAAAGAGUAAACAAAAUGGUAGAUGUAGUAACGAAUCGUGUUUUCGAUACGUACAAUAGAUUCUCACCUUCUAAUACGCACAAUGAGACAUUUGCAACUUUAUCAACGCUGAAUAGAUUUUCCAGAAAUCGGAACUAUAAUAAAAUUAUGACUCGAGAAGGUGAUGCAAAGGCUAGAGAAGAUCAGUUAUUGAAUAUUAAAAAUAAUGUUCCAGAAGUUCAACUUUCGAAAAAACGACCAUUUAUGGGUUUAUGUUGUCAAAAUUGUACACUAACUAGUAGGGAAUCUCUUGUGAGUAAAACCACGGAAUCACUGGUACUAAGGAAUAUUCUGAACUAUCAACUUCCAACGAAUAGUGGUUUUCUAAAGCACACUUUCUCGCAUUUAUAUCAAAUAUGUCAAAUCAAGACAUAUCAGUAUCCUCAAGUAGCCGACCUCGUACUAAGAAACAAUCGUUUGAAACAAGCUAUCGAAAAAGCAACAGCUGAACAAGUCCAGGAUGCUAAUAAUACCGACGAAGAAUUUUACCAGAUGUUAUUGAAACGUAACCAAAAACGAGCGAGAAAAUUAUUGUUUGAUAUGCGGUCCACGUUAUCGGAUUUUUUAUUGAAGUUCACAUCUUGGGUUCUAUAUAAACUACUACCUUGUUUCUUAACCUCUGUCGCAGUACAUCCUGGACAAGUGGAAAUGCUGAAAAAAGCUGGAAAAUCGAGUCUUCCUUUGAUUUUCUUACCAUUGCAUAAAUCACAUCUUGAUUAUAUAUUGAUAUCGUUCAUUUUAUUGAACAAUAAUAUAAGAUCGCCCCUUGUGGCAGCUGGUGACAACUUGAGGAUACCAUUUUUUGGGUCUCUACUUCGUGGUCUCGGUGCGUUUUUCAUUAAACGUCGCGUAGAUCCAGUUAUGGGACGAAAAGACCACAUAUACAAAGCUGUUUUACAUUCGUAUAUGAAUACAUGUUUAAGAGCCGGACAUAAUAUUGAAUUUUUCUUGGAAGGUGGUCGUACAAGAACAGGCAAACCGUGUAUGCCAAAAUAUGGUAUUCUCAGUGUUAUUGUAGAAACAUUUAUGGAUGGUACUAUAGAAGAUGCCCUUUUGGUACCAGUAAGUGUAAAUUAUGAAAAACUCGUCGAUGGCAAUUUUAUUCGGGAACAAUUGGGACAACCUAAGGAAAUGGAGACUUUUGGAAAUGCAGUCAAGGCCAUAUGGAAUGUUCUAAAUAGUAAUUACGGUAUGAUGAGGAUAGAUUUCAACCAACCUUUUUCAUUGCGGGAACUUGUUAAAACAUUCAACGUUAACCAAAAAAUGGUACCUUCUGGACACAAAUCUUUACAAACCCAUCCAACUAGAGGGAGUUUAUAUGGCACAGACGUAGUAUCUGAAGAACACAAAUUCAUUGUAGAAAGCAUGUCCAAACAUAUAAUUUAUGAUUGUGCAAAAUCAACUUCAGUAAUGUCUACAAAUGCUGUAGCAUUUUUACUACUUACUAAAUACAGAGAAGGUGUCAGUAUUGAAAGGUUAGUUAUAGCAUUAGAUGAUUUGAAAAAAGAUCUGCAAUAUGCUAGGAGAGAUAUUGGCUUCAGUGGUGAUUCAAUAGAUGUUAUAAAUUAUGCUGUAGAUAUGUUAGGUCCAGGAUUAGUUAGAAAAGAAAAAGUAAAUAAUGAAGAUAUAAUCAAACCUAUAGCGAUAUUGCCCAACGUCAUAGAACUAGCAUAUUAUAGUAAUACUUUAGUUACACAUUUUGCUCUUGAAUCGGCAAUUGCGAUAGCGAUAGAGGCUUUAGACACCACAUCUGGUAGUGUGGUUUAUCAAGAUUUAAUGGAGAACGUGCUAGAGAUCUGUGAUAUUUUACAGUUUGAAUUUUUAUUUUGCAAACCAUGCCAAAACAUUGAAGAAGUCGUUGCCAGCUGCUUAGACGAUUUGUUAUAUAGAAAACAAAUAUUUUUGGUGGAUGAAGAUGAAGAGACAGAUUUAAUUAAAAGAAGCAGACGAUUAGCAAAACAAUUUGAUGAAGACAAUGAAGAAGAAAAAUUUCCACAGAAAAUAUAUAAAAUGAAUCCCAAUAAAGAAGCAGUAGACAUUUUAAAAUAUUUGAGAGUGCCUGUUAUACCUCUAUUGGAAACUUAUGCUAUCACUGCUUUUACAUUGGAGAAAUUAGUUGGUCGACAGCUGUUUGAAAAUGAAUUGAUACAUGAAGUAUUAGAAGAAAUGAAGGCAGAAUUAUCUUGUGGUGGUAUAAAAUAUGCUGAAAGUAUAUCUGUUGAUACAAUAAAAAAUGCCCUAAAACUUUUCCAAGAUUGGCAUAUACUAGAGUGCCAUUCAGAGAAGAAAUUGAGGCUAUACUAUCUCGUAGAAGAACGAGAUAAUUCUGAUUCCGUUUUAGCUCUAUAUCAGCGAAUAGAAAGAUUCUUAUAAAAUAAAUGAAUUCUUGUAUAUGUGGAUGAAGAAAACCAACGGUAUUAUUUCACUUGAUGUUUUAUUAUUACUUAUAAAAUAGUAAUCUGGAUCAUUCAACAACACAACUAGUAGUUUGUAACUUGGGCAAAGGUAAAAAAGAUUUAGAGUCUGUAUAAACUCAAAAAGAGGAAGAUAGAGGGAUAUGGUAAAAUAAUUUUUGAAUCGGUUGCUCUAUUCGUUAAUAUGCUCAUUUUGUGACAAGUUGUAAUCUAUCAAAAUUAUUGUGAUUUUAGAUAUAUCAUUUAAUAACACGUGUCAACACAAAAUUUGACUUUGACUCCAAUGUAUAAAAUUUCCAUAGUUUAGGUCGUAAUUACAGGAAAAAAUAUAUAUAUAACAUAAAAUAGUUUGCUCUUGUAUUUAGAAGAUCGACUAAACGAUAUUUUUCAAAAUUUGUGGUUUUAAUGUUUAAUUGAAGAUAGUACAAAUAAAUAUGUUUCUAAUUUUUAUCAAGCUUUACUAUCAAAAUAGCUUACAAAAAAGUGAAAAAUACUUAGCUUACACUUUUACUUUUUGUUAUAUGUUCAUAAGUACUUUCUCUCAAUAAUCCCCAAAUAUAUUCUCCCAUCAUGUUUUCAUUGUAUUGGCCUUGAUAACGCUUAUAAUGUCCUGAUGAAAAUGUUCUCCUUGCUCUUCUGAAUAUGCUCCCAUAUUGUUUUUAAAUUUAUCUAAAUGGGUGUGGAGCAUAUGAACUUUCAAUGACAUCCUGCAACCCCAUGGCAUUAAACUUUUUUAGCAUAUCUUCAACUAACUUUUCGUAGUUUUCAGCUUCGUUUUUCCUAAAAAUCCAGAAACUACUGUUUAAAAACUGUUCUAACUUUAAGUACGAUUCAGUAACUUUGGUAAUUGUUUAUCAGCAAAAAUUUGCCUAAUUUGCUUACCAACAAAACCCCUGCUUUAACCUUUACUUUUUCAAGUAUCCAAAAGCUUCUGAAGUUUGAUAGAACUUUUUAACAAAUUGUUUCAUCAACCCUAGCUUAAUGUGUAGAGGCGGCAUUAACACUUUUUCCAAUUCAACUAUUGAAUCAUAUUUUAAGUUUUAUUUUCCGACACAAAAUUCUGUUCUUACAGGCCAUGACCGUUGAAUAUAGUGCUUAGCAUCCGUUCUGUAGUCCCAUAAAAAAUUCGACCAAUUUGAAAUCUCCAAUCGACUGCCAAUUAUACUUGUCAUAAUUUACUAAUUUAAGCAAAAUUUUAACACUUUGAUAAUUAUUUUUUAAAUGUACUAAAUGGAAGAGAUGGAAAUUAAUUUUUGUUGUGUAAUGAAACAGCUUUUAAGCUUUUUAUAAAGUUGUCAAUGAAUAAACGCCAUUCGCUAGGAAUGCCAAUUUAUUCGAACAUACCUUUUAUAUUGUUACAAAAACAAAGUCAAUUUUCUUAAAAAAUGUUUCAUGCUAAGUUCGCUGAUCACUGUGAUAUUAACAUCAGCAUGUAAAUUCCACUGUUUUAAACGUGAGCCUAAAAGCUCUUCUUUAUUUUUUGGUAAUUUCAUAUCUCUUAUUAAGUCGUUUUGAUGCAGGUAAAAAUGCCUUAUCAGAAUUACUUCUGUUAAAAUUAAGCGAUGAGCUACUUUCAAGGUCGGGAUAUUCAAUAGGUUUUGUAUUUUUUCCUGUAAGUCUUUGACUCGGAUUUACAAUGCAAAAGUAGCAGUCAUGGAUGUGGUCUUUCGGUUCUCGCCAUAUUCUUGGUAUUUCAAAUUUCAUAGACCUUUUCUCACUUCGAUACUAUCCUGAAAUAAAGUAAUAAAAAUUAAUAUAUCUAUAAGAUUUGAUUUAAAGAUAAAUUAAAAAUUGCCCCCUUUCCAAAUAUCUUUUACAAUGUGGAGCCCAUGUGAAUGUAAAAACCCACUCUGAUCACGCAGUAUUUUCAAAUAUAUUACAACUAAUUGAAAUUAAAAAAAAAAAAUAAAAUGAGUAUUAUUUCUAUAAGUAUCACAAAAGCAAACUUUAUAUUUAAAAAAGGUAUUUUCUUUUCGUUUUUGUGUAUACUUGACCGAAAAAUCAUAAUAUAAACUUUAGAACCAAGAAUGAAAAUUUUUUUGUUGUCGUGUAAUUAAUCUUUGCUUUAUUGGUGCAUUUGUACUUCAUGAGCUUAAUAUUAUAUAAACGAAUAAGUGUUAAUCUACCUAUAUGACAAAUUUUGUGUUUUGUUGUAGAGACAUUGAUAAAUAAAAUUAUUCUGUGGACUCAAAUAUAUUCUUCAAUAGUAUCUGUGAGUUAGUGAAAAUACUGUUAAGUACCCAUACCAUAUAUUAGUUUAGUAAUAGGUUUGAAGUUCUGUAUAAUUUUGUACAUUAAGAGUUAUGUGGUUGCGUUUUUUUAUACAAAUUGCUAAAAGAAUACUGCAUUUUAUUAAUGUGGAAUACUGUGAUACAUGAUUUGAUAUGUUGUCGAAUUGGUAUUUUCUUAUACAUAAAAGUUAUUGAAUAAUAAAUACUUUGAUAA